CAGGUGCUGCUAUGGCUUCCAUUGGGGCCAGCGUGACCACUGCGGGGUCAGCAAAUGAAGCUCCCGAAAUUCCAGACAACGUGGGAGACUGGCUGCGGGGCGUCUACCGCUUUGCCACGGAUAGGAAUGACUUCCGGAGGAACUUGAUCCUCAAUUUGGGACUCUUUGCUGCCGGAGUUUGGCUGGCCAGGAAUUUGAGUGACAUUGACUUAAUGGCACCUCAGCCUGGGGUGUAGCCAUAAAGGACUUCCCCGGUGGCGCAGUGGAUAAGACUCCGUGCUCACAAUGCAGGGGGCCCUGGUUCCAUCCCUGGUCAGGGAAAUUGAUCCCACGUGCAUGCUGCAACUAAGGAGCCAGCGAGCCGCAACUAAGGAGCCAGCGAGCUACAACUAAGGAGUCCACCUGCCACAAUGAAGACCUAGCACAACCAAAUAAAU